UCCGGGAAAUAAGUCACAUGACAACCCAACGUCAAAAUACUGUACUCCUAUUCGGAACUGUCUGUUGCGUUAAUCUGGGGGUGGAUACGUGGAAUAGCAAGUAUUAAACAAGACAUUUUUGCUUUCUUUUUGCGAGACUAAUUUUCUAUACACAGAUUCGCAUUAGCAGGGAUAAGACAUCAUUAGGCGCAGCCUCCGACUGUAACAGUAAGAGCAGAUAAAGCAUCAGAUCGCAUGGAAGGAAGUGUGGCCUGCGCCUAGAAACGCCGAGUGUGCAGCAGCCUCGGACUCCAGUGCAAGUUAGAGCCGGACCCUGAACUCUGCGGCUGUAAGGCGCCCAUCAUCAGGGCCGAGGCUCUAGCAGCCGGCCCUGUGAAUGAGGAAGUAAACGGAAAUAAUCUGCCCGGGAGUAAGGAUCCCCUUCUGAAGGGAGAAUCCCCUGCUCUGGGCUCCUGGGUCAAUAAAGUAGCGCGAUGGAUGAGGCAUUGAACUCGAUCAUGCAGGACCUGGCUGAGCUGCAUCGCUCCAGCCGCCCUGCUCUGUCUCUUGCAGACCUGGGCAAGCCUAAAGCCUCCUCACCCAAGAAUCAGAAUGAUGUGCGGGUAAAGUUUGAGUACAGAGGUGAGAAGAGGAUUUUGCAGUUCCCUCGACCUGUCAGGCUGGAUGACCUGCAGUUUAAGGCCAAGGUUGCCUUUGGUCAGGCCAUGGACCUACACUACACCAACAACGAGCUGGUCAUCCCAUUGUCCACACAAGAUGACUUGGACAAGGCGGUGGAGUUGCUGGAUCGCAGUGUACACAUGAAGAGCCUGAAGAUCUUGCUGGUUCUGCACUCCUCCUUACAGAGCUCCACUGGAAACAUGGGGCUCUUGCCUGCCUUUGAGAACCUGGACAACACAGUUUUCAGGGGAACAGACAAGAAGAACAUGAUGACCUUAACUGCAGGAUCACAUUCGAGUGACCGAAGCUCGCCUCCCCCGGGAUACAUCCCUGACGCCUUGCAGCAAGUGGCUCGCAACGGCUCCUUCACCAGCAUCAACAGCGAGGGCGAGUUCAUCCCUGAGAGCAUGGACCAGAUGCUGGAUCCCCUGUCCAUGAGCAGCCCUGAGAACUCGGCCUCUGGGAGCUGUCCCUCCCUCGACAGCCCUCUGGACAGUGACACCUACCCCAAAACCCGCAUGCCCCGGGCCCAGAGUUACCCCGACAACCAUCAGGAAUUCGCAGAUUAUGACAUCCCUGUUUUUGAGAAGACUGGAAAAGGUGGCACAUACCCCCGGCGUUACCACAUCUCUUUUGGUCACCCGGACUACAGCGAUGGGCGGAAGACAUUUCCCCGUGCUCGACGCAACCAGGGCCACAGCUUCCGCUCGCCGGUGAGCUUCAGCCCCACGGAGCAGUCGCUCAGCACCAGCAGCGGCAGCAGCAUCUUCACCCCCGAGCUGGAGGAGGCAGGCCGGCGCCGCCGGGGGAGCGACAUCGAGGCCAAUGCCAUGCUCUCCGUCAUGGACAUCAGCCCGCCGAGCCGCUCACCACGCGCCCCCACUAACUGGCGGCUGGGGAAGCUGUUGGGUCAGGGUGCGUUCGGCCGCGUCUACCUCUGCUACGAUGCCGACACGGGCCGCGAACUGGCCGUUAAACAGGUCCAGUUUGACCCAGACAGCCCAGAAACUAGCAAGGAGGUGAGCGCCCUGGAAUGUGAGAUCCAGCUGUUGAAGAACUUGUUCCAUGAGAGGAUUGUGCAGUAUUAUGGCUGUCUGCGAGACACACAGGAGAAAACGCUCUCCAUCUUCAUGGAGUACAUGCCUGGGGGCUCCAUUAAGGACCAGUUGAAGUCCUAUGGUGCCUUGACAGAAAACGUCACCCGGAAGUACACACGACAGAUCCUGGAGGGGGUGUCUUACCUGCACAGCAACAUGAUUGUCCAUAGAGAUAUUAAAGGGGCCAACAUCCUGCGAGACUCUGCUGGAAAUGUGAAACUAGGUGAUUUUGGGGCAAGCAGACGCCUACAGACAAUCUGCCUUUCUGGGACGGGGAUCAAGUCUGUCACAGGCACUCCUUACUGGAUGAGCCCAGAAGUGAUUAGUGGAGAGGGGUACGGCCGAAAGGCAGAUAUCUGGAGUGUGGGCUGCACAGUGGUGGAGAUGCUCACACAACGCCCACCUUGGGCGGAGUUUGAAGCAAUGGCGGCCAUAUUUAAAAUUGCCACUCAGCCCACGAACCCUGUGCUGCCGGCGCACGUGUCAGACCAUUGCCGUGACUUUCUCAAGCGCAUAUUCGUGGAGACCAAGCAGCGACCGGCUGCGGAGGAGCUGCUGCGUCACAUCUUCGUGCAGUAGUUCCUCCCUGGAAGCCCUGAACCAGAUCCUUGGCAAACCCAGAUCCCGAUCCCCCUCUGUGUAUCUGCCUUCCCCAUCCUCUCCAAGUCCUUUGUUUAAAAAGAAAAAAAAAUUACGGAAAACACUUAGAACUAUCAGGGUUUCACCUGUGUCUGUUUGCUCUUACAGUUCUGGAAAUAGACUGAGUGAAAACAUUGCACCUUAAUUUCACUGUUGGGUAAGUGCCCGUAAAGACAAAAAGACAGAAGUCUUUGUAGUUAUUUUAUUUUUUUUAUAUAUAUGUAUAUCUAUCUUGUGGAGUUGAUAUUUGUCUUUUGAAUCCAGUAGUACUCUGGAUCUGUGGGAGUUGAGAGAGACAAUCUGGUUUGAUUCUGAAACGUACCAGUGGACCUAACAUUUUGACUUCUGAGAGCUGCUUACAGAUGGAUGUGAGGAAUUCCGUCAACAUAGACUUAUAAGUUACUAAAAAAAAUUGAAACCUUACAACCACAAAUGUCCUAUAACUUGAAUAGUACAUGUUGUGUGAUAUUUUAAGCUCUGUUCAUCGUUGCCAUCAGUUUCGUAAAUUGUCUUCUCUGUCUGCUACUUUAAGGCUGUAUUUGCAGUGUAGCUUUUUGGAAAGCAGCCUUUUGCAAAGUUUACUAAACACUCGUGUAGAUAUCUUGCAUUUAUCUGCAUUGCCCUCUGCCUGAGAGUCAUUACAGCUCCUUCCCGAGAUGACAGGAUGUAAGCCUGGCUCUCCUCCCUUCGUUUGCAAUCCGCCAAUGUCUAGUUAGAGGGAGGUGGAAUGACUGGAUGCCUGCUAAAAAUCCAGAGAAGUGUAACCGUGUGCUCGGUAAACAAAAGGUGGCAUCCAGAACUGCUGGUAGUGUGACACUCCACUUCUUUUGGAGCCGAGCAGCAGGGGUCUUGGUGCUCGCACAGCAUCGCAUAGGCCUAUCAUUAUGAAGCCGUCUUCUAACUUCUUCAAGGCAACAGAUGUUCUUUCACAAAUAUGUAUGGUAUGUACCUGCAAACAAAUCCUCUGCAGUAAAGUUUGGGUUGAUUUAAAUAGAUCUGGUCACGAAAGCCAGUAUUGGGUAGGAAGCAACCAGAUUGUCUCUCACCUUGCUUAUAUUUCAACAGUGCCAAUCACUAGACUUAUCAGUACUGUUAUUACCAAGGCCCUUAUUCUUGUUAUUCUAUUAUUUCACUAUAAAUAUGAAUAGUAAUUAGUAAGAUUUCUGCGCUCAGUGUCCUGGGUCGAAGUUGUAGAGACACAAAGUGCUAAUUACAAUCAAUCCCUUCUCCUAUCGGAGAAACAAAAUGGAACUUUAAAAACACAAGACAUUUGUAAAUACUCAUUUGCAGGUGUUUUUUUUUUUUUUUACUUUACAUUUUUUAAUAGAAAGACCUCAGUCCUGAGUUCUGCCAAUUCUGUGGUCUUUUGUGUAUAUAGGGUCUGGUUGGGGGAAUGGUCUCCUAGCCCUCUACCACUUUAGGUUUGAAGGUACCAUUACAGUCACAACCUUAAGUUUUAAAAAAGUAAGCUAUUAAAUAACUUUAUUUCUAUUGUGUGAAAUAGUAGUUAUCUGCCCUCCCAUGCUGUAAAUCAUACAGAUCCAUUUUGUGAUUGUCAUAGUGCCUAUGGGUUGAGCAUUUUUGUAAUUAUUCUGAAAAUGUAUUUGUUUUUUAUGGUACAUGUUGCACUUUUCAAUGUUGCAGACCUGACCAGUUCUUUUCAGCUGUUCUUUUCGGUACUGUCCAUUCUGUGGUUAUUGAAGAAGCUGGACUAGGGGAAGUUUUAACCAUCUUAGGAAUUGGCAGAGUAGACAGCGUGGUUCGUUUGACCAGAGAGCAUGGUUUAUCAUGUAUGUUUUUUUUUUUUGUGUUAACUUUGAAAUUAUAUUUUAAAAGGCUUUUAGAUUUGUUUGCCUUUUUUGAAGGUAUGAAGAGUUGAAAUAUUAUCUGGUACUCAUUUAAAAAGGCACCUCAAUUUCCAUACUUGACUUACGACAUAAUGAAAUUUACCCCAAAGUGACCUGUCAGUAUUGGUCAUAAAACAUUUAUAGUCAAGCUAACUUCAGAGCAGUUUAGGUGAUCCUUACCUCCUCUUGUAGCUUUUGCUUGGGAAAACUCUGCCAUUGACACAGUAGAAAAUGAUGAUGAGCUUCUGCCCUUCUGGUCCAGCUUAAGUAACAUGGAGCUUUAAAUGGUUUGAAUAAAUGAUUUACAACAUUGGAGGAUAGAUAUUGUUUUACAGGCAAAAACAUCAAAUCACAGUAUGAAUUUUUUUUGUUGAUUUAACUGUAGUUGUAUGUACAGAUUUUUUUUUUUUUUUUUUUUUAAAUGUUGACCCUUUGCACAUUUUUGAGGAAUAUGAUUUCUACACUGAUGUAAUAAUUGCUGAGUAUGCUGGCAUGUACAAAUGUGUUGUAUGUAGUUUCUGAGCGACUAUGCGUUACCGCUUCAUGUGAAAGAACCCGUUCCAGAAUGGA